CGAGCAACAGAAAGACCUCGUGAAAACCUCUUUAGCAUUUCACCCUCAAAAUCAAUUCUCUCUCUCCUUCAGAAGCGUCAGAUUUGUUCAUGAAGAUUGCCAUUUGACCGGAGAAAUCAGCCGCUGAUCCUUCUCUUUCACCCUCUCAUCGUUCGCCAUGGAUCCCAGCCAGCCUGUAGUAGAGAACUACGCCAACCCAAAGACAUGUUUCUUUCACGUUAUUUUCAAGGCUGCUGCUUUGGCAUUUUACAUAUUAUCUGCUCUCUUCUUCGAUAAUUUUGUCAUCAUUUUUGUGGUGACGGUCUUCCUUGCUGCCCUAGACUUUUGGGUUGUGAAAAAUGUGAGUGGGCGUAUCUUAGUGGGUUUGAGGUGGUGGAAUGAGAUAGAUGAUAAUGGUGAGAGUGUUUGGAGAUUUGAAUGCCUUGACCAGGAGUCAUUGGCGCGGAUGAAUAAGAAAGAUUCGUGGUUGUUCUGGUGGACUCUUUACCUUACGGCAGUCGCAUGGACUAUCCUUGGUAUAUUCUCACUCAUAAGGUUCCAGGCUGACUAUCUCCUUGUUGUUGGAGUUUGUUUGACUCUCAGCAUUGCAAAUAUUGUGGGCUUCACCAAGUGCCGCAAAGAUGCCAAGAAGCAGAUCCAGGCAUUUGCUACCCAGACGAUUGCCUCUCGGUUUUCUUCUACGAUACAAUCAGCAUUUAGCGUUGUUUGAACCACAUAUACCCCAAAAUAACCUCAAGGGAAGAAUUCACGUGAAGGUGAGAUGUGAAAUGUGGUAGCAAAACUUGUGUAAAGAUGAUACCGAUGACUGGACUGGACAGUUUUGGAUACGAUUCUUUCUAAUGGGAAAAGGGAUGUCUUGGGUCGAAUAUUCGUAGGAUACAUAGAUUUUGUACUGUGCUUAUUGUUUUUCUCCCUCUCAUAGUAUCAUGGACUUUGUAAUGAACUCUUUAAGCUGAAUGAUGAGUGUUCUCUGUGGUUUUGUGUUU